AUGGGAGAAACAGGAGGGCACUCCCCCAUGGGCAGAGCCAACACAGUGCUCGGGGCCAUGGACGAUGCCAACCCCUCAUUGGAAAAGGCCAUGGGUGGUGCUUGCUCUCCCUUGGGCGGCGCCCUCUUAGCGGGGGUUCUUCAUGUUGCAUCAGGCAUUAAAGGAGUCUUUGGGGGAGGUGCCAACAUAGUAGGCGAGGUAGAAGGUCAGGCGGGUAGCGCCCUUGGCGCGGGGAGGCCAGGCACUCCUAGUGUUGACGCUGGCAUCCUUAGCGCUGGCGAUGACUUGAGCCGUAUGGGCAGUUCUAGGAGGCAUGCAAGCAAGUUUAGUGGCAUCUUGGGGAGCUUAGGUA